UGAUAUUUAGCCACUAAAAUACACUUGUGGCUACCGUAUAUCCACACACACAGUAUUAUAAACCCCAAAGAGGAACACAUAAAAACGAAAAAAUUGAAAAAAAGAAAAAAAAAAAAGAAAAAGAAAAGGAAAUAUAGCAGCAGAAAACAUGCUGGCGAAAGAAUCGUCGAGGUUCGACCUUCCCGAGGAAUUGCUGGAGGUUUUGCCUCAGGAUCCGUUCGAGCAGCUCGAUAUAGCCCGCAAAAUCACCUCCAUUGCCCUAUCCACACGCGUCGACUCCCUCGAGUCCGAGCUGUCGGAGCUCCGGCAGGACCUCGCCGACCGCGACAACAUAAUCGCCGGCAUGGAGUCGCAGCUCCAGUCGCUCGACGCCUCCUUCGCCGAGGCUUCCGAAAAGCUCGCUGCUGCUCAGCAGGAGAAGGAAAGCUUGGUGAAGGAGAAUGAGCAGCUGAGCAAUACUGUGAAGAAGCUGAACAGGGAUGUAACCAAGUUGGAAGCCUUCAGAAAGACGCUGAUGCGGUCUCUUCAAGACGAUGAGGAUAAUCCCGCAAGUGGUCCUAAGGCUAAUCUGACUAAUCUGCCUAACAAUCUUGAGGAUGAUUCUGAUUUACCGCCUAGCCAAACUGCUUCCACUCAAAGCCAGAUCUCCGAUGCUGGAAUUUUGAAUUCUGUGGACACUGAUGUUGAAGCCGUGAGGGCUCGUGUACCACAUAGCUUCUUACUAGCAUCACAAAAUAGCACACCUCGUCUCACACCUCCAGGUUCCCCUCCGAGUCUGUCUGCCUCUGGAUCUCCGUAUAGGACGCCCAAACCAUUGUCUCCAAGGAGACAGAGACACUCGAUUUCUGUUGCAUCAACAAGAGGUCUUUAUGAUGAUAGGUCUUCUGUGUUUUCUUCUCUGCCUUCAAGCCAGUUCAGUUCAAUGUCAAGCAUGGAAUCGGGAUCACAACCAGGGAAAACACGCGUUGAUGGAAAAGAAUUCUUUCGCCAAGUCAGGUCUCGCCUAUCCUACGAGCAGUUCAGCGCAUUUCUUGCAAACGUGAAGGAACUUAAUUCCCACAAGCAAACAAAGGAGGUAUGUGAUGUCAUUAGCUUUAAACCACAUUUUUAUAUCACUAGACAGCUUCAUUCAAGAAAAGCAAAAAUCCCCCCAAUCUCAAAUUAUGAAGGAAUUCAACUGUUUCUUGAAUCUAUGAUAUCAUCCCAAGUUGUUGGAAGACUAAUUUGGUAUGUAUAAGGAUAAGUUGGUAUUUGUUUUCACUGUAUGUGUGAAAUAUUAGUCUCUAAGCAUGCAAGAAACCAGAAGUGCUAUAUUUAGGCAGCUUGUGUUCUUUUUUCAUAGAAAAAUAUAGUUACUCAUGAAGAGACUAUCUUGACUCGUUUUAUUUUACAAUGGUUAUGCUAGGAAACAUUAGGGAAGGCGGAUGAAAUCUUCGGUCCCGAUAAUAAGGAUCUCUACGCCAUCUUUGAGGGGCUAAUCACUCGUAACGUACAGUGAAUAGAGCAAGCUUUUAAUUACGGGUUAAACCUUCGAGAUCUUAGCUUUUCACAAACAAAUUUUAGAUUUUAUUUAUGUAAAAUUAUGGUUGUAAAAUAAGUUAUUGUUGCAUACAUAGCCAUUGGUAAAUGUUUGUCUUGCAGUUGAUUUGUAUCGAACCACAAUAUUUGUUUCUCAAUAUUCAAUAAAGAUUUGGCUUUUAGUUUUGGUAGUUAAAA